AACUGCGCAGGGCAAAAGCGACCCUCUAACCGGGGUAGACGGAUACAACCCUGGGUAAUCAGAUUUCGGCGUCACAAAAGACAAAGCGUUUCAGUUCAUUUCGUUUUAAAUCAGACCUGUGAAUCCAGAUAUAAGUAUAUUAACCGACACCAGGCUGGCUGCGUGUGGUUUCAAGAACACUAACUAACCCAAAAGACCAACAAAUCACUCAGAAAGCGAGCAGAAGUUCACCGAAGUUUCUCGGUAUUCAUCAUGGAGGAGAAGAAGGAGGAGAGUGAAGCGGAGAUCCACGAACACGGACCCGAACACUGGUUCUCUAAAUGGGAGCGCCAGUGCCUCGCUGAGGCAGAGAGGGAAGAACCGAGCGAGGAGGAGGUGGACCAGGACCAGGAGAAAAUGUGGCACCUCUUUCAGAAUUCCGCUACGGCGGUGGCGCAACUUUAUAAAGAUCGAGUCUGUCAUCAGCAAGGACCGUCACUGUGGUCUCCGUUUCAAAAUGCUGCAACAGCAGUUACUAAUCUUUACAAAGAAAGUGUUGAUGCACACAAGAGGAGCUUUGAUUUAGGAAUUCAGAUUGGCCAUCAGCGUCGAAAUAAAGAUGUUUUGGCCUGGGUGAAAAAGCGAAGGAGAACUAUACGAAGAGAGGAUUUGAUAAGUUUCCUAUGUGGUAAAGCACCACCUCCAAGGACUUCUAGAGCAGCCCCUAAAAUGACUGUCAUGCCUCCUAACCGGGCACCUUCAUCAGACACAGUGUCAUCUGUAGAGACUGAUUUACAGCCCUUCUGUGAGGCCAUAGCGCUACAUGGUCUAAGUGGAGCAAUGGCCAGUAUCAGCGUCCGCUCAAGCACUCCCAGCUCCCCUACUCACGUAAGCGGCAGCUCGAACGCUGGGCGCAGACGCAACGGACUGCACGACGUGGACUUGAACACUUUCAUAUCCGAGGAAAUGGCCCUCCACCUUGGUAGCGCAGGCACCAGGAAGCGGAGCUCGGUCCAGUGCGCAGACGUCAUCACAGACUCGCCAACCCAUAAACGCAACAGAAUGCUCUGAAUUCAGCUGUUGUUCUGUAUGCUUUGUGCUGCUUCAAAUAAAAAGCCACUUAAUCCUCAACACUUGCGUUCCCUCAGAAGGAAACAAGGGUCCGGCAGUACACUUGUGUAUCGAGUACAGUAUGCCAUACGGUGGAAGCUAACACACACAAACACACCGCUCCAUGCAUGUCCACUUGUUUCUUUUUGCGCUAACCAUAAAAUCAAUCCCAUCUGUCAAGUGGCCGAAUUUUGUUUUAAUUAUUAACUACUAGAUUACAACAUGCGAUUUUUCUUUAGUUUACAAUAUCUCCUAGUUGCGCUUCCUAGCAUUGCCAAGCUAAUAACAGAAUGUUUUCAGAUAAAGGUGUCCGCAUCAGUUCAUACUCUCAGUUUUACAUGGCGCUCGCUGAAUGGCAGUUCUGUUGUGAUCGUUUCUGAAAUGUGCAACAUUAUUUUGGUCAUACUUGAAACUGCUGCUGAUCUUAAUGUUUGUGUGAACUUGAGAUGGUUGCAAUAAUGAUUAUGCACUAAUGCAUUCAGUUUGUUUUCUUGAGGCUUAACACAAUGGUGCAAUUGUUGACAUUUUCCAUUUCAAGGCUGUUGUGAUUGGGUUUAGGGGGUUAGUGAGUCUUUGUGCUGUAAGAAUGGCGUUCUCUCAGGAGAGGACCCGAACUAAAAGGAAAAAACUGUGUCGUCUUGAAAUUGAAGUGUCCUUUUAAGUGCUUUCCAUAUCCAGGCCAGAGGAUUUGGAGAGCUGCACAUGUACUGAUGAUGAUGUAUAGAAGUCAAGCUGGACUCUGACCCGCUUCCAACUAGAAAUAUAUGUCAAUUUGAGCUCCUGGGAAAUUAAAAAAAAAAACGUGUCUUUUUUUGGAGCUGAUAAUCUCAUGUAUCACUUUGAAUCUAACAUUAUGGGGUUUCACUUUGCCCUUGUCAUUAUUUGUUGCAAUUAGUGAUCCUCACAUUGAUAUUUGUAGACGAAUGAGUGUUUAUCAGAUGAGCUGUGGGGAAUCAAGAAGUCGUUCUGUCAAAUGCCAGUCAAGUCUAUUUAGUUACACAUGUUUCAGAGAUAUAUCUGUUUCUGUAAUGUGAAUAUUGGCUAUUAACUUUGACAUUUAUUUCACAACGUGCUUCUAAUAUUGAUUGAUAAGAAAAGGAAGUGAUUAUUACUGAUUGAACUGACAUGUGAUGCAUUCUGUUCAUUGAAAAGUUAGGAAGUGUAAAGCUGACCUCUUCUCUGGAAAGUAAAAUCGAUUAUUCAGAGCAUCGUAAUGAAACCAACGUUGCCAUUUUUGAAAAACUUGUAUAAGUUAUAGGCUAAGUUAUUAUUAAAGUUACAUUUGUAUGUUCACAUUAAA